AUGAAGUGUGUGGAAAGCUUUGUGGAGGUGGCUUCAAAAGCAAAGCAAAGCAGUCCUCGUUUCCAGUCAGGCAAGGGAGUCUCGGGACGCUACAUUGGUGGCAGCGGAAAGCGAACCCAAUCUUAA